UUAUCAGCUUCUCAUUACGCCUCCCAAACCCAUCCCUCCCAGUAUUUAGUUUAUGCGCCCACUGCAAACACAUUUCCGUCUUUGGGUCAGUUUCUGUCAGAACCUCCCUCUGAAAGCAGCUCAAACUUUGCUGAGUUAUUUUUCCACUCUGACAACAUGUGCACUGGAAAAUGUUCCCGUUGCGUUGCCGUGACUCUGUAUCCAUUGGCAUUUAUAUCCAUCAUCUGUAACAUCGUGCUGUUUUUUCCCGGCGGGGACGUGAAGUACGCCCAAGAUGGACACAUUACUGAGGAGGUGAAGUACAUGGGGGGACUCAUCGGAGGAGGAAUAAUGGUGCUGCUCCCUGCGCUGUACAUCCACCUAACGGGGACGCAGGGCUGCUGUGGGAACCGCUGCGGGGUGAGUCUGAAAACACUGUUUCAGGAGUUCAGUGAAAAACGAGUGACGAAUGCUGGGUGUUUCUCAAUCUUGAGUAAAGCUGCUGCAGAGCCACUAUUUCAAGCAUACUACGUCAUCGAGUGCCA